AUGUUGAACGUUUUUGAUAGUGAAUCAAACAAUCUUGAAACUAUACAUCGUGAACGAGUAAUUACAAGAUGUUAUUUAUUAACUUUAUUUCUUUUAUUGUAUAUCAUAACUAUCUGUUCAAUGAUUUCCAAUGGAACUAUCAGUAUAUCAUUGCCGAAUCCCUCCGAAAAUGAUUAUAAAACAUUAACAAUAUGGCAUUCAGAAACACUUGAAUGUCCUUGCCGUAAAAUUGCUGUUAAAUAUAAAUAUUUCGUCGGCAUUAGCAUAACAUCACAUCAAAUUUGUUCAAGUAAUUUUAUUGGCACAGAAUGGCGUGAUUAUCUAUUCCUUUAUCCAGAUUGGUCUGAUUACAACAGUGCUGAUAUUCGUUCACGUGGUAGUAUCUAUUUCUUGUUUCUUUCAACUUUAUGUCAACUCUCUCAAACAACAAUAAACAAUGCUAUAAAUGCAUUUCUUAAUGAAACAUUUAUCAGUACUCAAAUUGUAUCAAACUCUGAAUUUCGACUUCAAAUUGAUACAACUCUUUUCCAACUUCAGAAAUCAACGGCAGCAGAAUUCUCUCAAAGUUUAAAUUUAUUACGUGAUGUUAUGAAUGGUAAUACUCUUGUAUCAUCCUACUUUCUCAACUGGUUUUGGUGGAUUGAUUUUAACAGAACAUAUACAACAAUUCCAAUUAAUCCAGUGGUAAUGAAAGAUGGAUGUUCUUGUGGAACACGAAGUGAUUGCAUUAAAUCAGGAGGAAUAUAUUAUAGGCGUAGCGAUCAACAAAUGUUUGCAAUUCCAGGAUGGAAUGUUGGAUGUUCAGUUGUUGAAACAGUUUUACGAUCAACAUUAGAAUGUUUUUACGAUCAAACAUGUAUUGAUUCAUUAAUCUAUGCAGCGAUAACUGAUAAACCAGCUAUUUAUUAUCACAUGAAUAUAUCAGCGAUGCAUUAUUCAAAUAAAAGUCGAUUUAGAAAAGAUUCAUUUAUUCAAAGUUUAAUAGAUGAAUUAUUUGUUGAAAAAUGGAAUAUUAAAACAUAUUAUUCAUCAUUUUAUAACGCAUGUGAUCCAAUUUAUUGUUCAUAUACUAUUCAAAAAGAUGAUUAUUAUAUGUAUAGUGCAUCGAGAGUACUUGGUUUAUAUGGAGGACUAACAGUUAUAUUACGAGUAAUUGUUCCACUUCUAGUAAAACUGUUCUAUAAAAUGAAAAAUGUUUGUAAUAGAAAUCAAGUUGUUCCAUUUAAUUAA